AUGGUGCGAGUUGAAGUCCACGAAGUAGGCAGAGACCAUAUUGACCGUUCGACAGUCCUCUCGCACAUCAUCUCCCAACUGCGACCUGGCGCCGACUUGAGUCGAGUCGUUCUGCCGACCUUUAUCCUCGAGCCUCGAUCAAUGCUGGAGCGCAUCACUAAGUGCGUACCCUUUCCCUGCUGGUCCGAAGCGGCAGCUCGGCUAACGUGCACGUCAUACAGCUUCAUGGCCCAUCCGGAAACCCUGCUCCCGAUGUCAACGAUUGAUGAUCCGGUCGAACGCUUCGUCUCCGUGGUCAAGUUCUACCUAAGUGGAUGGCACAUCAAACCUCCUGGAGUGAAAAAGCCGCUCAACCCCAUCCUCGGAGAGACCUUCACCUGCCACUGGGACUACUCCGAUGGAACCCGGGGCUACUACAUUUCCGAACAGACCUCCCACCACCCGCCAAAGUCGAGCUACUUCUUCGCUGCGCCGGAGCAUAACAUUCGGAUCGAUGGCACCCUCAAACCCCGCAGUAAAUUUUUGGGUAACUCCGCCGCAAGUAUGAUGGAAGGAAUCGCCACUUUGCGACUGAUGAACCGCGGCCAGAAUAAAGAGAAGGGCGAGAGAUACAUUCUCACCCAACCCAAUAUGUAUGCGCGCGGCAUCCUUUUUGGAAAAAUGAAAUAUGAGCUUGGCGACCACAGUUACGUGCGCUGUCCAGAGAACCACCUGGUGGCUGAUAUCGAGUUCAAGACCAAGGGCUACUUCUCCGGCACGUACAACGCUAUCGGCGGCACCAUCAAAAACGAGCAGACCGGAGAGGUACUCUAUGAGCUCUCGGGACUGUGGAAUGGAGAGAUGGAUAUCAAGGAUGUUCAUACCCACAAAAAAGACAUCCUGUUCAAUGCGACACACGCAAAGCACACUGCGCCGAUAGCACGCCCGAUCGAGGAACAGGGAGAGCGGGAGUCCCAGCGUCUAUGGAAGGACACUGUCCAAGCGAUCCUGACCCAGAACCACGAGGCCGCAACCGACGAAAAGACCAAGAUCGAAGAUCGUCAACGAGAUGAAGCCGCCAAGCGCGCCGACGAGGGUAUUGACUGGCAUCCCAAGCUUUUCCGUCCCGUUCAAGGCGGCCCCGGAGGACCCGACGAGGGCGACGAAGACCUCGAUUGGAUCCUCAACGCUCAAAUGUGCGAGAUUCUCUCGGCCCCAAAGACGUGUGUGGAUAAAGCUAACCCCUUCAGUGACAUGCACGAUCCCCAACUCGCCACCAAACAAAUCCUAGCGAUCGCGCCCAUCCUCCAAGGUCAGAAGGAGUCACCCCAGUUUCAAAUUCCGCCGCACCAUGGCCCCCAGGAUCCCACAGCCCGCUAA